ACACAUCGCCAACCCUAUUGAUGAUCGAGCAUCGUCCAUGCUCUAGCAAUGUUUCAAAGAAGGACUUAAUGAAAAUUUCUAUUCCCAAGGAACUGGUACCCAAUGAUAUCAUCAAGUAUCAUCCAAGGUUUAAUCUUUCUAACUCUUUUGUUAUUGAUUUACCUACUAACUUUUAUUUACUAUUUGGAGGGACGAUACAAAAACGUGGAAUUGAUGUAUUGAGUUGCGAGGAUAAGUAUCUUUGCAAUCUUGAUAAGAAAUUGCCACUCUCCAAUUUGCAAAAAAACGAUUUGAAGGAAAAGCUAUCCCACCAUCCUCAUGAUGAUUCAAGGAAAUAUGAAGUUACCAAAUAUGAAGUCAAGAGGUUGACCAUUGGAGAAAGGUAUGAGGAUUCCAUCCAUCCUACAUCAAGAAGGUCUUCAAUGAGAAAUCAUUUCGAUUUGAGGACAAAUCGCCAAAAAGAAAGGGAGGAUGAUGUGAGCACGUUUAGGGCCGGUUUUCUCCAUGACGAAAACCCCUCAAGGACGUUCUACCUUAUUAACUCUAAGGGAGGAACACAAAGCUCAUGCUCCAUACUGGGCGGUUUUUGAGGAGGUUAUUUAACAUAUUUUCAUGGUACAAAACGACAACAAGGCUAUUAAAAUAUAGCACAAGUUGGAGCAGCGUAUUGAAGCUCUUAUCCAGCUCACUCUACGGCAAUUAAGGAUAUGUG